CCUGGUGUCGAAGAUCUUUUUCUGGUGGCUGAACCCUCUGUUCAGGAUCGGCUCCAAGCGUCGACUGGAGGAGGAGGACAUGUAUGAAGUUCUGACAGAGGACAGGUCUGAAAACCUGGGCCAGGACCUGCAAAGAUUCUGGGAUCAGGAAGUCCAGAAAGCUUCUAAAGAGAUGCGAACGCCUCAGCUCAGCAGGGUCAUCAUCAGGUGUUACUGGAAGUCCUAUGGAGUUCUGGGAAUCUUUACAUUCAUAGAGGAGGCCAUUAAAGUGGUGCAGCCGGUCAUCUUGGGUCAGGUGAUCCGCUUCUUCGAGAAUUACGACCCGGACGACACGACGGCGUUUUACGAGACGCUGGGCUACGCAGCCGGGAUGUCCCUCUGCACCUUCGGCCUGGCAGUGCUCCACCACCUCUACUUUUACCACGUCCAGAGGGCGGGCAUGAAGAUCAGGGUGGCCAUGUGCCACAUGAUCUACAAGAAGGCGCUGUGUCUGAGCAGUUCAGCCAUGGGAAAGACCACCACAGGUCAGAUAGUCAACCUSCUCUCCAACGACGUCAACAGGUUUGACGAGGUCACCAUAUUUCUGCACUUCCUGUGGGUGGGGCCGCUUCAGGCAGCAGCUGUUGUAGGUCUGCUGUGGGAGGAGAUCGGCCCCUCCUGCCUGGCAGGGAUGGGGGUUCUCUUGAUCCUGAUGCCAACACAAACCAUGUUUGGACGAUUGUUCUCUAAGUUCAGGAGUAAGACGGCCAUUCUCACAGACAGCCGGAUCCGCAUCAUGAAUGAAGUGGUUUCUGGGAUCAGGAUCAUCAAGAUGUACGCCUGGGAGAAACCCUUCGCUGCUCUGGUCUCUGAGGUCCGGAGGAAGGAAAUCUCCAAGAUCAUGAAGAGUUCCUACCUACGAGGUCUCAACAUGGCCUCGUUCUUCUGCGCCAGCAAGAUCAUCCUCUUCGUCACCUUCACCCUCUACGUGCUGCUGGGAAACCGCAUUUCAGCCAGCCGCGUGUUCGUGACCGUGUCGCUAUACACGGCCGUGCGCCUCACUGUCACGCUCUUCUUCCCCGCCGCCAUCGAGAAGCUGUUCGAGAGCCGCGUCAGCGUCCGGAGGAUUCAGGAGUUCCUGCUGCUGGAUGAGAUCACCAAAAACUGCUCAGCUCUGCCGCAGGAAGACAAGAAGGAUCCUGGUGUGGAGAUCCAGGAUAUCACCUGCUACUGGGACAAGAGUCUAGAUGCUCCAACUCUGAAGGACAUCUCCUUCUCUCUGAACUCCAGUCAGCUGUUGGCUGUAAUCGGCCCAGUAGGAGCGGGAAAGUCAUCCUUACUGAGCUCCAUCCUGGGAGAACUGCCUUCAGAGAAAGGCGUGGUGAAGGUCAGUGGUCAGCUGACCUACGCGGCCCAGCAGCCCUGGGUGUUUCCCGGAACUGUUCGGAGCAACAUCUUAUUUGGGAAAGAGCUGGACCCCCAGAAGUACGAGAAAGCCCUCAAAGCCUGCGCCCUGAAAAGGGACCUGGAGCUGCUCCCAGAUGGGGACCUGACCCUGAUUGGGGACCGAGGAGCCACGCUCAGUGGGGGACAGAAAGCUCGAGUCAACCUGGCCAGGGCCGUGUAUCAGGAUGCAGACAUCUACCUCCUGGAUGAUCCUCUAAGUGCUGUAGAUGCUGAGGUUGGGAGACACCUGUUUGAACAGUGUAUCUGCGGCCUGCUGAAGAAGAAGCCUCGUGUGCUGGUCACCCACCAGCUGCAGUAUUUGAAGGCAGCUGAUCAGAUUGUGGUUCUGAAGGAGGGUCACAUGGUGGCAAAGGGAACCUACGCAGACCUACAGAGGUCCGGAGUGGACUUCACCUCUUUGCUGAAGGAAGACGACGAGCAGCAACAGCCUCAAGACGUUCCCACCAGGAACAGAACUCUGUCCCAGAAUUCAACGCUGUCCCAGACCUCCUCUGUCCACUCGGUCAAAGAUGGAGACCACCUGCCGACAGAGACGGUGCAGAUGGUACCAGAAGAGAGCCGGGCUCAGGGAACCAUUGGACCCAGACUGUACAUAAAGUACCUGCGAGCUGGAGCCAGCGUGGUCACUCUGCUGGUGGUCAUACUGGUUAACCUCCUGGCUCAGCUUUCUUACAUCAUGCAGGACUGGUGGCUGGCAUAUUGGGCUGAUAAGCAAGAAGAGCUGCUGGUGCAGAACGGCACCAGCGUGACGGGACACAACACCACAGAGCUGGAUUUACGUUUCUACCUGGGUGUUUAUGGAGGCCUGACUGUAGCCACCAUCCUGUUUGGCUUCAUUAGGAACAUCCUCCUGUUCAACGUGCUGGUGAGAUGUGCACAGUCGCUUCACAACCGCAUGUUCAGCUCCAUUCUCAGAACCCCCAUUCGUUUCUUCGACGUGAACCCCAUCGGAAGAGUUCUGAACAGGUUCUCCAAGGACAUCGGUCAGCUGGACUCCAGCCUGCCCUGGACGUUCACAGACUUCAUUCAGGUCUUCCUGCAGAUCCUCGGGGUCAUCGCUGUAGCCUCAUCGGUCAUCCCCUGGAUCCUCAUCCCCGUCGUGCCCCUCCUCGGAGUAUUCCUCUACCUGCGCCGUUACUUCCUGCAAACCUCCAGAGACGUCAAACGGCUGGAGUCCACCACUCGGAGUCCCGUCUUCUCCCACCUGUCCUCGUCUCUUCAGGGUCUGUGGACCAUCCGAGCCUUCGGAGCUGAGGAGAGGUUCCAGAAAACCUUUGACGCUCACCAGAACCUGCACUCAGAGGCCUGGUUCCUGUUCCUGGUCACCUCUCGCUGGUUUGCCGUUCGUCUGGAUGGGAUCUGCUCCAUCUUUGUCACCGUCACUGUGUUCGGCUGCCUGCUGCUCAAAGACCAGCUGGAUGCUGGUUCUGUGGGCCUGGCUCUGACCUACGCGGUGACCCUGAUGGGGAUGUUCCAGUGGGGGGUCAGGCAGAGCGCGGAGGUGGAGAACAUGAUGACGUCAGUGGAGAGAGUGGUGGACUACACCGAGCUGCAGAGUGAGGCACCCUGGGAGAUGCAGCAACGCCCCCCUCCUGACUGGCCCAACAAAGGCCUGGUGACCUUCGACCGGGUCAGCUUCUCCUACAGCGACGACAGCCCGCUGGUGCUGCAGAGCCUGGAAGCCACGUUCAAACCCAAACAGAAGGUGGGGAUUGUGGGGAGGACCGGCGCUGGGAAGAGCUCCCUGGUCUCGGCUCUGUUCCGUCUGGCAGAGCCUCAGGGGAAGAUCUACAUCGACGGCGUGGUGACGUCUGAGAUCGGCCUGCAUGACCUGCGGCAGAAGAUGUCCAUCAUUCCUCAGGAUCCAGUUCUGUUCACGGGCUCCAUGAGGAAGAACCUGGACCCUUUUAGCCAACACACUGAUGAAGAACUGUGGAACGCCCUGAGAGAGGUCCAGCUGAAGUCUGUGGUGGAGGAGCUGCCGGGGAAGCUGGAGACGGUUCUGGCCGAGUCCGGCUCCAACUUCAGCGUGGGCCAGAGGCAGCUGGUGUGUCUCGCCAGAGCCAUCCUGAGGAAGAACCGCAUCCUCAUCAUCGACGAGGCCACGGCCAACGUGGACCCCAGGACCGACGAGCUGAUCCAGAAAACCAUCCGGGACAAGUUCAGAGAAUGUACGGUGCUGACCAUCGCUCAUCGCCUCAACACCAUCAUCGACAGCGACAGAAUCCUGGUUUUAGAUGCAGGCAGGAUCCACGCCUACGCCGAGCCAUACGUCCUGCUGCAGGACGACACCAACAUCUUCUACAGGAUGGUCCAGCAGACGGGCAAACAGGAAGCAGCCGCUCUGCUAGAAGCAGCUAAACAGGCUUACGAGAGCAGAAGUCAUCACGUCAUUCCYAACGGACCUACAGAACCCACAGAAGAGAACUUAGUUAUCUUUGAAACAGCUCUGUGAGCUCAGAAACUUUCAGAGUCCGGACUUGACCUGCAGAGCGGGGCUGGGCCCUCCGACAGCUGCUGCGUUAGCAAACUAUUCAGGUAGAAAACGACUUUAUUUAUUUUAAAGGUUCUAAAUACUGAAAGUGCUUUCUGUAUCCAAAGUUGUGCCUUUUUUUCUGUUAACAAAUCAGGCACUGUUGCACUGACGUAGUAUUUAUAUCAGAAAGCUGGACCUGCAGGGUCUGAGAUCCCAGUUCUGAUACAGGAGGAGUUGUCUCAGGURAAACCUCACUGCUGGCUGUCCAGGUAACUCAGCUGCAGGUGAGCUGCCAUUUAUCAGCUGUGACGUCUUCAUUCUGCUCAUUCUGUCACAGAACAGCAGCUGUGCUCAGAGCAGCAGAUAAACAGGAAGUUGUUUUSCUGCUUUUCUUUGGAUCAGAGUGGUUCUGUUUACAUGCAGGUGUUCUURAAAGGGYACUCUGACUAGUUGUAACAUUACACAUUAUUUCAACUGUAACACAAACACUGUACAAAUACUGCAGGCUGUUUAGUUUUUAUAAAUAAAUAUAAACCAACGUUGUCACUUCAUGUUAUAAACAUCACAGAGUAGGUCAGCUGCUCUGUCCUGAUGGUUCAUUUUUAAAUGAAACCAGAGCAUUGACAGAAAAUAAUGGAGGACAACAGAGCUGCUGCAUGGAAUGAGUGACUGAGUUACCUGGACCAACAUCUGAGACCUGCUCAGAACCUUUGCUCCAUCAUCUCCUCUGUUCAGCUGGUUCUGAUGGGUUGAUUGUAAAUCCUGUAGUUAAACCACUUGAAUAAACAUGUUUUUGUUCAACUUUAAUAAAACUUGUUUGAUGUCAUGAUUAAAAUGAAUAAAGCAACAAUGUUUGAUGAGUCACCUUCCUGAA